ACCAGAUAGGCGAAACGUCCUCGUUUUGAUUAUACUUCAUUGACUCCUCCGUCGCUCUCCAUCGAAAGCAAAAUAUUUUCCUUUCUUGUUUCGUUCGCGGGAAAAGACUGUUUUAGACGCAGACUACAAUGUCGAACCCAGAAGAACAAACCCUAGCAGAGGAACAUGAGGAAGGUGAAGAGGAAGAAGAUGAAGAAGAGGAAGAAGAGGAACAGAGAGCCUCCGAAAACGACAACAACAAUGACCUAUCGCAGGAAUGGGAAACCAUGGCUCGAGCUUGGCUCUGCUCAUUCCCCGAAGCGAAAGCCGUGUCCAUGGCCGAAGUCGAAGCUUGGCUCGACUCCAACCUUGAUUCUUUACCCGAAGGCAUUCAGUCAAUGCCUCGCUCUGAACUCUGUCAGAGGUUCAUUGCCAUUCAGAAUUGCAUGAGGCUCCCCAACCAGGAGAAAGAAGCAAACCAAGUUGAUCUUCCGAUUCCACAUGCUCGAUUUCAACGCACGGAUCAGUGGAGACCAGUUUAUUCCUGGUUAGAGUCUUUGGAUAAAGAUGAGGUGGUUAAGUCUAAAGAUAUUUCUGAUUGGCUAAACGAGAACCCGAAUGUCCAAGAACAGUUGUGCUCUAGACAUUCUCGUUAUCAUCUGAUGCACUACAUCAAAAAGUGCCAUAUGAAGAUAUUGAAGAGGAGAGAAAAAAAGAAGGGUUUGCACCAGACUGACAAACCAGCUGCUCUAAAGGUUCACAAAGAUGUGGCAAUGAAGCGACCAGCCUUGCUCCCAUGCAAUUCUCUAAGCAAUCUACCCAAGGAUAGUGAAGUAUAUUUGGCAAAACGAAAGGAAGCAUAUCAGAAGUAUGAGAUUUUGGUGGAGUUGGAGAAGCUGCUUUCCCCAUCCUUUCAAAGCUACAAGAUGUGAAACAAAUGAGAGCAGUUUCAAAAUAGCACAUCCCAGCUAGUAAAGUGGCAUUUGUCAUUCUAACUUGUGCUUUGCUGAUUGCCAUUUGCUUAUUGUAAAUUUGAUUAUUUUUAAUUUUUUUUCUUCUUUUUCAUAAUUAACUGAUGCAGUGAUGUUUUUUCAAUUAUUGGCACUUGAGAGGCUCCUCUUCUUCUUCUUCUACUUA